UUUGUUAUAUUAUCAAACAAGAGCAUUCGAAAAAGCAACAAUGGAAGUCAUUCCUUCUCAUAGAAUACAACCAUCCUUAUUUCUCAUCACUGUCUUGCUUUCUGUGAUUGAAUUUUCAGCUUCAGCUGCAAAUUCAACAACACCCAACACUUUUCUUCGUUGUCUUUUAAAUCAUUCAGAGUCCUCUCACCCCAUACAUUCAGCAAUCUUUACAAUAAACAACCACUCAUUCUCUUCUGUGUUGCAGGCCCAGAUAAGAAACCUUCGUUUCAACACCUCCACCACCCAAAAACCAUUCCUUAUAGUAACUGCAUUGCAUGUAUCCCAUGUACAAGCAUCCGUUAUCUGUGCCAAAAAGCACAAAUUGUUGAUGAAAAUUCGUAGUGGUGGCCAUGACUAUGAAGGGGUCUCUUACGUGGCUGGAGAUCCAUUCUUCAUCCUUGACAUGUUCUCACUCCGAUCCAUUGAGGUUGACAUAGACGACGAGACCGCUUGGGUUCAAACUGGUGCAACGCUUGGAGAAGUUUAUUAUCGAAUUGGUGAGAAGAGUAAAAUUCACGGUUUCCCAGCAGGGGUUUGUCCCUCUGUUGGAGUGGGAGGUCACAUAAGUGGUGGUGGCUACGGCAAUAUGAUGAGAAAAUAUGGUCUCACAGUAGAUAAUGUUAUUGAUGCACAAAUGGUUGAUGUUGAAGGUAGAUUGCUUGAUAGAAAAUCCAUGGGGGAAGAUCUCUUUUGGGCCAUCACAGGUGGUGGAGGAUCUAGCUUUGGCGUCAUCAUUGCCUACAAAAUAAAGCUAGUUCGAGUUCCAGAUACAGUCACUGUUUUUAAAGUUGCAAAAACCCUCGAGGAAAAUGCUACUGAUAUAGUCUAUAAAUGGCAGCAUGUUGCAUCAGCUAUCAGUCACGACCUUUUCAUUAGACUUAUCUUGGACGUUGUAAACGAUACACAAAAAGGAACAAAGACCGGAAGAGCAACAUUCGUAGCUUUAUUCCUUGGUGACUCGAAAAGCCUUGUUUCUCUCUUGAGUGAAAAGUUUCCUCAAUUGGUUGUGAAGCAAUCUGAUUCUAUUGAAACAAGUUGGCUUCGUUCUGUGUUGUUUUUCGCAGACAUCAACAUUUCAGAACCUGUUGAGAUUUUGCUUGACAGACAACCAAAAUCACUCAUAUACUUGAAAAGGAAAUCUGAUUAUGUAAAGAAACCAAUUUCCAAAGCAGGGUUGGAAGGGAUUUGGAAGAAGAUGAUCGAGUUGGAUAAUACAGUAAAAUUAUAUUUCAAUCCUUAUGGUGGAAGAAUGUCUGAGAUUCCAUCAACAGCAACACCUUUCCCUCAUCGAGCUGGGAACCUAUGGAAGAUCCAAUACCAAGCAAAUUGGAAUGAGGCAGGGAAACAGUUUGUUGACCAUUACAUAAAGAUGGCAAGAGUACUUCACAACUACAUGACUCCUUUUGUCUCUAAUAAUCCAAGACAAGCUUUCUUCAAUUAUAGGGACUUUGACUUAGGAAUUAACUACAAUGGUAUGAACAGCUACACCGAAGGAAGAGUUUACGGAGUGAAGUAUUUCAAGAAUAACUUCAACAGGUUAGUUGAAAUAAAGACCAAGGUUGAUCCUCAUAAUUUCUUUAGGAACGAACAAAGCAUCCCUACACUACCUCACGUGAAGAGUUAGAAGAAUGGUGAACCUAAAUGUAUUGGUACAAAUGUU